CUGAUUACAGUAGUUGUAGAUGGCAAUCACCUGAUCAAGCAUACUGUUGUGAUCUCUUGAAGAUAAUCACUAAAAAUAUAUCUUCCUUAAUCUCCUUUGCUGGAUAAGAGAAAAAGAGAAGGAUUGGAAAGGGCAGUGUGCCGUGGGUAGUGGACCGACUGCAUGCACUACAGGUUGCUUUCCCUACCUUCUUCUGAAUAGAAAUGCCUUCUUUCCCCAUCUUAAACAGCUUUGGGAAGCUGUGUGGAUCAGGUGAAGAACUGGUGCUGGAAAAAGUGAAAUUUCGAAAUUCAGUCAGAAGGAUGUCAGUAAUUGAGGAUGGGAAUAUUGCAGAGGUCUUGUAUCUCAUUCCUAAGCAGAGCUUGCUGAAGCAACUGCCCUACUUGAAUCCAGAUGACUAUUACUUGUGUGAGCAGUUAUUUGACACUCCUGAGGAUCUGGUGGCCCAUCCUCAGGAGCCUCACCACCCCUCUGAAAAGCCAGUCAUCCACUGCCAUAAAUGUGGGGAGCCAUGUAAAGGUGAAGUACUCCGUGUUCAGGCCAGACACUUCCACAUCAAAUGCUUCACCUGCAAAGUGUGUGGGUGUGACUUGGCACAGGGAGGGUUUUUCAUCAAGAACGGGGAAUACCUUUGCACCUUGGAUUACCAGCGCAUGUACGGCACCCGCUGCAAUGGCUGUGGAGAGUUCGUGGAAGGAGAAGUAGUGACAGCUCUGGGAAAAACUUACCAUCCAAGCUGCUUUGCCUGUACUGUUUGCAAGCGUCCAUUUCCACCAGGCGAUCGCGUUACCUUUAAUGGAAGGGACUGUCUCUGUCAGAUGUGUGCUCAGCCCAUGGCCUCCAGUCCAAGAGAACUGUCUGCCUCAAGCAAUUGUGCUGGCUGUGGAAGAGACAUAAAAAAUGGGCAAGCAUUGCUAGCUCUGGAUAAGCAGUGGCACCUGGGGUGCUUUAAGUGCAAGGCCUGUGGGAAGGUCCUAACCGGGGAAUACAUCAGCAAAGAUGGUGCUCCUUAUUGUGAAAAGGACUACCAAGUGCUUUUUGGAGUCAAGUGUGAAGCAUGUCACCAGUUCAUUACUGGGAAAGUCUUAGAGGCAGGUGACAAGCAUUAUCAUCCAAGCUGUGCACGAUGCAGCAGGUGCAACCAAAUGUUCACAGAAGGAGAAGAAAUGUAUCUGCAAGGUUCCACUGUCUGGCAUCCCGACUGUAAGCAAUCCACUAAGACAGAAGAUAAGCUCCGGCAUUCCUCAUCUGAGUUCUUUUAUCCAAAGAGUCUGGUUCUGCGCAGGCCACGCUCUGCAGAGCCUACAAGAACGUCAUCAGAAAGCAUUUAUUCCAGACCAGGUUCCAGUAUACCUGGCUCUCCAGGCCACACUAUCUAUGCAAAAGUAGACAAUGAAAUCCUUGAUUACAAGGAUUUAGCAGCCAUUCCCAAAGUCAAGGCUAUUUAUGACAUUGAACGUCCAGACCUAAUUACUUAUGAGCCAUUCUACACUUCCGCCUACGAGGACAGACAGGAGAGACAGAGUCUUGGAGAGUCUCCAAGGACAUUAUCACCUACCCCUUCUGCAGAAGGUUACCAGGAUGUCCGGGAUCGCAUGAUUCACAGGUCUACUAGUCAGGGCUCCAUCAAUUCUCCAGUGUACAGUCGUCACAGCUACACACCCACCAUGUCACGCUCCCCUCAGCAUUUCCACAGACCUGGCAAUGAGCCGUCCAGCGGUCGGAACUCCCCUGUCCCCUAUCGGCCUGACAGUCGCCCUCUCACUCCAACUUACGCUCAGGCCCCUAAACAUUUCCAUGUUCCAGAUCAAGGUGUCAACAUUUACAGGAAACCGCCCAUCUACAAACAGCACGAUGCAGCUGCUUUGGCAGCACAGAGCAAGUCCUCCGAGGAUAUCAUCAAGUCCUCCAAGUUCCCAGCAGCUCAUGCACCAGCACCCAACGAGAUACCAAAGAUUGAGACGGACCACUGGCCAGGUCCUCCCUCCCUUGCUGCCAUAGGAGCUGACAUGAGACGCAGAUCAAGUGGAAGAGAGGAAGAUGAUGAGGAGCUACAGAGGCGCCGGCAGCUGCAGGAAGAGCAGCUCAUGAAGCUGAACUCUGGUCUGGGACAGUUAAUAUUGAAAGAAGAGAUGGAAAAGGAGAGUCGCGGUAGGUCAGCCCUUUCUGCCAGUCGUUACGAUUCUCCAGCACAUGCUUCAGCCUCCAAAACCUCUUCGCUCCCUGGGUAUGGAAAAAAUGGACUUCACAGGCCGGUGUCUACAGAUUUUGGUCAGUACAACAGUUAUGGGGAUGUGAGUGGUGCUGUUAGAGAUUUCCAGUCCCUCCCGGAUGGUCAUGUCCCUGGAAUGAGAAUGGACAGAGGAGUAUCUAUGCCUAACAUGUUGGAGCCAAAGAUUUUUCCAUAUGAAAUACUCAUGGUGACCAACAGAGGGCGAAAUAAAAUACUAAAAGAUGUAGACAGAACCAGGCUUGAGCGUCAUUUAGCGCCUGAAGUUUUUCAAGAAAUAUUUGGCAUGACGAUACAGGAGUUUGACAAGUUACCUCUCUGGAGACGCAACGACAUGAAGAAAAAAGCAAAACUCUUUUAAUCUCCCUUUAAACAAACCAACAAAAAAUGAUGCAUAGGAUGCUGUAUCAUACAGUCCACACUGUUUGGAAGCAACUACUUAUCCACCAAAAAGGGAAAAUCACAUAGUGGCACCUCUGUACACAGCAACUGAACAAGAUGAACAUUUGCCCUCCUGGAACACAGAGAGAAAAAAUCUGGGCUCAGAAACAACGAUAGUUUUCAGGGGUGUUGACCUGUUACAUGAUAUGAUACAAGAUAGAAAACUGUUCUGUUCUUCUCCCUCAAUGAUACUCCCUUUACUUCUCUCCACAAUAUGAUGGACGUUAUUGCUAGAGCCAGGAAGUGCCCUUAGGAUGCCUUGUAGACUAAAGUAGUUGUAACCACUCCAAGAACUGGAAAUGAAAAUAUACAUAUAUAAAUAUAUAUAUAUGUAUGCGUGUUUGCCCGUGUGCACACCUGUAUUUAUAUCUAUCCAUCUAUCUCUGUGUGUGCGUGUAUGUGUGUGUAUAUAUGUGUGUAUAUACGGAGAGGAAGAUAGAUAGGUGCUCUGUAGUGAAGGAGAAGCCCCUUAUAACUUAUCCACAUGGUCACAUAAGUCUUUCACCCAGCUGUUUCUUGGCACUCUUUUGCAAUGGCAUCUUCUUCAUGUGAAACAACCUGCAACGGUGGGCGCUCAGCUCACUUACAGUACGUACCAGUUGGAUUGCUGGAAAAUGGAUUCCUUGUAUAUAUUUGCUAGGAUAUAAGAAGUGAAUUGCUGUGUGUGUUGUCAGUCUUCCCUUUUCCACACUUUCUGCUUGAAUUAAUAAGGCUGGAGAGUAACCAGUCCUUUGAAUAAUUUAAGAUCACUUAAGUAACGGGAAUGAUGGAGAAGAGUCAGUUUUCUUGUAAUUUACUCCAGGAGAUGGGUGGGUGGGGGUGGGAGUGGGAGUGACAGAGUGAGAAAAUGCUUUUUUAAGUGUGCCCUGGUUUGCACCCAGAGAUUUUGGGACAAACUCCCUGCUAGUGAUUACUGGUACAGCUCAUCAGACUGCAGUGGAGUUGUAGGAUUUUACAUUGACAGGGAAGGUUCUCUGCAAGCUAACAUGCAAAUUCAUCCCUCUUAGGGAGGGAUGUUUGUGAAUUAAAAGGUACCAUCGAGGUGCCGCGCUCUGCCAAUAGAGGCUUUUUGAUUAAACUGCAGUUGCUGUUGUCGAUAUGGCACAGUGCAUGGGGCCAAGCACUCUUUUUAGUUAAUGUAGUUUUUCACUUGUGCUUGGAAAAGAGGGCACAGACUUUUUUUUUCCUCUCUUGAAGCAUCAAAGCUCCAGCCUUGGUUAUUUUUAUUUCCCUUUGUGCCUGACUUGGUUUUUGAAGACAGAGUAAUCAUGCAAGACAGUUUCUGAGCUGCAUUGAACUCCUUAUUGCUUUCAGUCUUCUUCCAGUAUGCUGCAGCUUAAAAAACUGCCUGUAUAUACCUUAACUGCUUCUGGGCAAGUCCUAUACAUAGGAGGACAUGAGCACCAAAAUAAUUGAAUGAGUGCAUUGUGGCUGCCAGGUCAGCUUUUUCUCUUCUGUGGUGCUUAACUGCCAAUGCAUACUGCACUAAUGAGCCUGUCUCCUGAUACGGGAGGGGGUCGUUUAGGUUCUGUGUCCGUCAAAGAAUAUCAAGGUUUCCUUUUUAAUGCAGAAACUUCAGGCACUGGAGACAUCAGAACCUUUGUAUUUUCUGUUCUGUGAGACAUUGGUGUUCAAAUCCGGAAGUUAGGAAGGGGAAACAGUCCCAUGUAGUUGUGAGAUUCAGUAUCACUGUGUUGAGUUCUCUAUAUCACCAAAUGACAUUUCACCAUGAACUGUGCAGGGCAACCCAAAUCCUGCCUCUUCUUUGCUGGUUUAGGAAGUCCCGAUGCAACAGAUCACUGUGGUUCCUUUGAUAAAGUCUGAGAUGGAGAUUCAGUAUAUGAGAGACAGAGACCAGGGAUCACCACCUGCUCCAUGUCCCUGUAGCUGAGGGAAUGGUGAGUCUAUGGGACAAGCUGGAGAACAUCCUACCAUGGAGAUCCAGCACCACAGUCUCCACUGAACAGAAGUCCGCAGUGAACACUGUGACACACACACUUGUGAGUGAGUGAGCUCUCUGGCUAGUACUGAGAUUGCAGCAAGAAUCGAUGUAACAUGUUUUAACUUUAUUUUUCAGAACAUGCAUCUGAAAGCUUUUUAGAGGAGCACUGAGAGGUGCUAGUCAGGGGCACUGGCAGAUGCAUUUUUGAGUGACUGCUGAAACCAAAUCCAUAUGAUUGCAGAACAGCAGUGUUUUACAGUCAGGGAAUUUGUGAAUGGUGGGGUCUCAGAAAUUCGGUGUGUUACCUGCAAGGUGUGGCUUAAUUUUGAGAUGAGCAUGUGAGUUUUAAUGCAUUUAAAUUAUUAAAAUUCUCCAAAUUUUGUUCAGCCCACAUCCUGUGGACAAUGUGUGCUGCUGCCUCUCAAACUGUUAGGCAUUACGGGUCUUUUAGUCCAAGUCACCUUGACAAUACACCUUUUAGAUCUGAAAAUUUGGUCUCUCAAGGAUGUGAGCUGCCAGUCUGCAUUUUUCUGUCCCCAUCUCUAGAUUACUAUUGAACUUCUCACAACAUAUAUGAAUAGACUACCCAGUCAUUUCAGAAAUGACUAAGCAAUGUUGUUUCCUCACCUCUGCAUCCUAUGCAAAAAAAAAAAAAAAAAAAGGUUGGGAAGAAAAGAGAACUUAAGCCUCCUAGACUGUGAAGAAUGACAUGGUAAUUUGUAACUGCCUCAUCAACUGAGAAUUUAGAACUGUAAUUGAAGCUUGGGAAGGAAUGAAGAGAAGCCAGCUUAGAUGCUGCUGAAACAAUUCAUCUCUAGCUGGAUUUUUUUGGCCACUGCUGGUUCACAUCUCACUGGUGUGGAGCAGUCAGUCAGUUCACAGCCCUCUGCACUAGACUUAAUAUUGCUUUAUUUCUGAUUAAGAACAUGAAGGGUUUUCUGAGCUUCAGUUUCAUGCCUGUAGUUACUUCCCAGCCAUCCACAUGUAGACACACCCCAAGCGAUUUUUGUCUGUCCACAAAACCCACACUGCAGCCAGACAUGGGGGGGUGUUUUCUGCAGUGGGCUCUUAGUGAUUGUCACUGCAACAUUUUCUGUUCUUUCAUCUGGUCUUCCCACCUAAUAAAAAUGAAAUGUAGCCCCAGGGAGAAUUUUCUUUGUAAGCAAUUAAUCACUCUCCUAGUAUCAAUCGAGUAGCAGUUCUUUGUAAUUCCUCUCUUUGAUUUUCUCUUGAGAUAUGUCAAGAGUUGGACUAGAUGAUCUUUAAAGGUCCCUUCCAACCCAAACCAUUCUAUGAGUCUAUGAGUAUGCCUUAAGUACAUGCUUAUAUUCUUCUAUCUCCUGCAAAGCGUUUGAGCUUCUGAUUAAGUCCCAUCCCAUCAGUGCUGUCAACAGAAUGUCAUUACCAAGAGGACUGAAAACUGAUUGCUUUUGUCUUCUUUUUUCUGCUUUAGGAGUGAUGUAACAGCAAAGACCAGUCAAAGCAUUGCAAAAUAACCACGUGUACAAAAUGGAAUUAUGUAUACAUGCAGGUUCUCAAACACAGGUGCACAUGUAACACACACACUCCCCAUUUGGAGUUCAUUAAAUGUGGUUUGUGAUGUGUUGUGGCCAUGGCUGCAGUGUGCUGUGAAAGGUUAGGCUUGGAGAACAGUGAACUACUACACUGAAAUUUUGCUACACUGAAAUUAGACACAUUUUGAAGUGAAAUCCUUUUCCACAAGCCCUGUGUUUCCUGGUAGGGUAAUAGCAAUGGACAGAGAAGGGUAAAGGUCUGAGAAGGAGGGCUGGCAUAAGCCAGGGUUUAGCAGGGUGAUGUUUAGCAGGAUUAGAGGAAGACACUGGUAUGAGCCUGUAGUACCUGUUUCAAACUGUGGGGAAGUCAGGUUUGGAGUUCACAGCAUAUGAGCGUCUAUGCUGAAAUUAAUGAUAUGAAGCUGUUAGAACAAACAACAGAAAAAUUAGGCCCCAGAAUGGUAAAAAUAAGAACAUCCUCUGAACUCAUCAUGGAAUUACUUAUCUUGGCUCAUCCUGAUUUAGGAGGAGAUCUUGGCAUAUUUGGACCAUAGCCUCCUAGAGUAGACCAAAUGGAAACCACCCUUUUUCUCACUCCAUGAUUCAUUGCUUUCCUUUGGAAUGUGUUUGUGCAGGAGAAUGUCCACAUCCUGAAAGUUACCUACAGCAGUGAAGAAUACUCAGUGAUAAUGAUGAUGCAAUAAAACACUUGCAGGAAACAAGAAUAUUGACUAAUCUGUCCCCAAAUGCCACUCAUUUUUCCAUGCCAGAGAGACACUUAGGGCUUGAAUCCACAGCUGCCUUCCCCAUUCAGUUAAACCCCAGGUCAUGGUCCAGUUCGUGCCCUGUCAAACUCUUUGGCCUUGUCAACACACCUGCUAGAGUUCAGCAUAGUCUUCAGGGUAGAUGCAUAGAAAGGGCUGGUCUUGACAAUAUGUGGUAUGUUUUCACCCCAUUGCUGUGUAAUGAAGAGCUAGAGAGAGCUCCUGAGCACUGAGUGUGACAGCAGCACAAUGCGCCUUUCUCCUUUAAUGUAGAAACACCCUUAUUACUGUGGGCUGCAGCAUUGCUCUGGCUGGUGAGUUUUGCCUUGUGGUUUCUCCCACGCACCUUUUUUUGUGCUUAAUAAAAUAAGAAACAAACAAAAAAAAAAUCUAUCACAUUUUUCAGUCAGACGACUCUGCUGGUAGGAGCUAUGUGAUGCCCGUGUUUGGCAGGAGUAUUAUUAAUUUUAAUGUGAGCAUCAGUGCAGGAAGUGGGAAUGUAAUUGGCCAUUAAUGUUGUUUGCCUGUAUGCAAAAUAAAUUAUUUGUAGCCCAGAGGGCUUCUAACAGGGAAAUAGAUUUCUGCUAAUGAUUUGCUCAGAAAUGCUUGUCUGUGUGAAGAGGUAAUACUUCCAUGUGCACUGUGGUCUUUUUUUGAGGUGAAAGAGAGAUGACUGAAGGCAAGCAGUAACCUGUUCUGUCAGGAUCACCACAGUUAAUGUAAGUGUUGCUCCCAGGACUUGCAAAGCUGAGGCCCACAGGACCUUCCUCUUGGGCAUUAGGAAAUGCAGCAUUUCAGCAGCAGAAGCAGCUAUGGGAAUUCCAGCGGUGCCUUACCAGGCUGAGUCUCUAGCUCCCUUAGGCGCUUUGACAGGUCCCACUGGACACUUGCCUGGGCUUUUGUCACUGAACACCUUCAGAAUGCACUUCCCCCCCAGAUGCAAACCCGCUGACAGCAGUGGAGCCUCUCGCUGGCACCUGCACCCCUUGGGCCAGGCUGUCCUGGCAGGCCAGGCCAGGAAAGCCUCUGGCCACCGUGCACACCCACAGGAGCUCUGUGUGUCAUUCCCAGGUCAGUCCUGUCCAAGUGGCUUGGUCCGUCUGGACAGCUCUUCCUGUAAGGGGGCCUUACAGCUGGGGGCCUUUUUUAAGCUUUGGAAACUGAAACUAAUUUUUUAAAGGUAUUCUUUCCUUUAAAUCAGUAGACUUUGGCAAUAGGAUUUUUUAUUAUUUUAUUUUUCUUUUCUCCUCCCUCCACAUGUUAGAAACCAGCGUUUUGGGGAGGUGUCCCUGUGUUUUCCAUUCACCUGUCUCUCUCUCUGAGUCUCUGUAAAAGUGAAUCCAUGUCUUGUCUGCACAGUAAGUCUGCUUGUAUGCAUAAUGAGAAGUUGAGCUGGGUUGCUGUUCUGUACAAUUAAUGUUUCCACUGUCAUACCGCAAACAGCACAUAUUACACUCCUGUGCCACUGUAAUCUGCAUCACUGUUGUACUCAAGUCAAUGAAUAAAGUUUGGAGCUUUAUUCUUAA